AUGUGGGUAGCUAGAGCUCUUGCAUUAGGAACACUUUUAGAUGAUACAUAUGAUGCUUACGGAACAUAUGAAGAACUUGUGAUCUUUACAGAAGCUGUUCAGAGGUGGUCAAGUACAUGCGUGGACGACCUUCCAGAAUACAUGAAACUUCUAUACCAAAUGCUGAUGGAUCUUGAUGAGGAAAUGAAGGAAUUCUUGGCAAGAAUGGGAAAAGUCUAUCAACUUAAUUACGUCAAAGAGACGAUGAUAGAAUACAUGGAAAGCUACAUGAUGGAAGCAAAAUGGAACCAUGAAAGCUAUACUCCAACAAUGGAGGAACACGCAGAAGUUGCUUAUAUUAGUACCGGAUAUAAAUUUCUUCUUGCGGCAAGUUUUGCUGCCCAGAGUGAUGCAGUACCAGAUGAGACAUUCCAAUGGGUUUUAAGCUAUCCUCCUCUUGUCAAAGCUUCUUGUGGGAUUUGUAGGGUGAUGGAUGAUAUUAUCACCCACAAGGAGGAGCAAGAAAGAAAGCAUGUUGCCUCUGUCAUUGAAUGCUACAUGAAGCAAUUUGAUGUCACUGAGGAACAUUUACAAGGUGUUUUCAAUGAGAAGGUUGAAGACGCUUGGAAAGAAAUGAAUAAAGAAUCCAUCACAUGUAAAGAUGUUAAAAUGUCAAUAAAUAGACGGAUUAUGAAUUUAGCACGUGUAAUGGAUCUUCUGUACGAGAAUAAGGACCAUUUCACAUAUGUUGGAGAAGAACUCAUAAAUCAUGUCAAGUCUCUUCUUGUCGACGCUAUCUUGAUAUGAGUUCCAAUACUCAUAUCUGUAAUCAAUCCUCUUCGCUAUACUUGGACAUUGGAGACGCCGGUUUUUUUAGCAUUAUAAAAGUACUUUGGAGUUGUUUUGUAUUGGGUUUUUUCUUUAGCCAUUUAGGCAUGUUAACUCUAGAUUACUUUACUAUUUAUAGUCUUUUUUA